UGUUUGGUCUUCUGCAGUUUCUUCACUAGAUGUAUAGAGAUCGAAAAGUAGAGAUGCGAGGGAUGGAUCCAAAUUCCAGAGUCAAUGAGUACAGAGGACUUUGAUGCAACAUUAUCUUUUAUCUUGGCCUAUUGUUGCUUUGUUUUUGUUUGAUCUUUUGUAAUGUGUCCAGUAGAAUACGUUUUUGACCAAUCCAGGAAAAUUCCAUACUUUAUUGACAACCAUAUUUGAAAAUACAGUAGAAUACAUUUUCAGCCCAUUUUUCUGUCAAAUUUUGACCCAAAAAUUGAAACAAUUCUGUAAAUCAACGCUAGCAUGAUGACUAAUCUAUGAAAGCUUGGCACUUUUUGGCAAACAGAUCUGGAAAUAUAGUAGAAAUACCCUUUCAACCCCUCUUUGUGACGCGGCAGUUGACUAGAUGGCAACUCAGUCAAAACGAGUCGGACUGACAAGAAACCGGUUUGAGGGGAGGUCAAAUAUCAUCAUAUGGACUUAACAAGUAGCACCGCCGUGUGGUGGGCCAUUGUGGUCCUUUUCCUCACGUUAUUAGCCACCAAAAAGAUCUCAAGAGCAAGAAGAAUGAGUUGUAUUGAUCCACAGCGUACAAGCCAACAACUUCCACCCGUGGUGAAUGGAGUUGCUCUCCUGAGACUAUUACCUACCCUCCUGAUGGAGGGCUUACCUUCUAUGGUUAAUGAUCUGUAUGUCAAGUAUGGCAGUGUCUUCACGGUAAGUUUAUUUGGGCUCAAGGUAACACUAUUGAUCGGGCCAGAGGUGACGGUGCAUUUCUUCCAAGGUUUGGAGUCAGAUAUUAGCCACGGCAAUCUGCUCGAGUUCACGGUGCCCAUGUUUGGCAAAGCGGUUGGUUAUGGCAGAGAUAAAGCCACACGAAUUGAACAGAUGCGCUUCCACACUGAAGCACUGAAGGCAUCAGGGCUGAGGAGCCAUGUCCAUCCCAUGCUUCAAGAAGUGGAGGGUUAUUUUGCGAAAUGGGGAGAGGAGGGCAUAGUUGAUUUAAAGUUUGAGUUCGAGCAGUUACUCAUGUUGAUCUCGAGCCGGUGUCUACUCGGAAAAGAGGUUCGGGAGAACAUGUUUGAUGAGGUCCAUACACUUUUUCACGAGAUCGAAAGCAGUAUGACCUUGAUCAGCUUCUUGCUCCCAUAUCUCCCUACUCCGGUAAACCGGCAGCGCGAUAGGGCGCGGAUCAGGCUAACACAAAUACUCUCUGACGUGGUCGAGUCCCGUAAGAGCUCUGGUAGAGUUGAGGAAGACACACUACAAAAACUAAUCGACUCCGAGUACAAAGAUGGCAACCCUACAACGGUAGCAGAGGUAGUCGGGCUUAUCAUGUCAUUGAUAUUUGCUGGGAAACGCACAAGCUCUCUCGCUAGCACUUGGACCGCAUCUUGUCUACUCAGCCAUCCAGUCUUCUUGAGAGCUGCCAUUGAGGAGCAACAACGAGUCACCAAGAAGUACAAAGGUGGGCUAGAUUACAAUGCUUUCUUAGAGAUGGAUACGCUGCAUUGCUGCAUCAAGGAAGCCCUAAGGAUGCACCCUCCAGCAGCAAUGUUGGUUCGCAGGACCCAUAAGCCCUUCACGGUGCAGACAAAGCAAGGCAAACAAUAUGAGAUCCCUCAAGACCACAUCGUGGCAACUCCUACAAUAGUCAACAAUAACAUCCCUUAUAUAUACAAGGACCCUCACGUGUAUGAUCCACAUCGUUUUGGUCUCGAAAGAAGAGAGGACAAAGUAGGUGGCAAGUUCUCGUACACUUCAUUUAGCGGUGGAAGGCACAUUUGCGUUGGGGAGGGUUAUGCUUACAUGCAACUUAAAGUGAUAUGGAGCCAUUUGUUGAGGAACUUUGAGCUCGAAUUGAUCUCUCCUUUCCCCAAGACAGACUGGAGCAAGAUCUUGCCAGAGCCACAAGGAAAGCUAUUCAUUAGAUAUAAGAGAAACUAAUGGUGUUUUGCAUUCGCUUACUUAGUUGAUCUACUUGUGUACGUGCAACAUAUAUGCACCAUAGCACGUGUGUUUUCUGUUGUGAAAUUACUAUGCAUACUAGAUUGUGUCCAUCAAGAAAUAAAAAUAUUGUAGACGAACUACAAUGUGUUAGGUUCUUUGUUGUGGAACCUGUCCA